UUUCGUUACAUGGUGGAAGGCUGUCAUGGUGGUAGGUAUAUGUUGGUUCUUGUUGUUGACGAAAUAACCAUCAAAACCAGCCAUGCUGCAAGAAGUUAAUACUGUUCACAAGCACGGUGAAAAAUCAGUUGCUGUAGAGAAAAGUACGUGUGAAUUACAAGUGUUCAAGGAGCCUCUUUCACGGGUAGUAACACCGAAAAUCAAAACGAAGAAGGUGCUGGAUGAAGAUUCUUACAUUCAGGAAAUGGGUCGAAUCAUUCAAAGGGACUUCUUUCCGGACUUGGAAAAACUACGAGCACAGAAUGCAUAUUUAGAGGCGGUAGAAAGAAAUGAUGUAGAAAAACUGAGAGAAAUUUAUGCGAAAUAUAGUUCUGGAAAACGCCCACCAACAGAGAGAUAUGCUAGCCCUGCAACAUUUGAGACACCGGUGGAUGCUAGGUGGGAAGAUGACCACCCUGAUGCUGAAGAGGAGUUGGACAAGAAAUCUCAUCUUGAGGAGAAGGAUGGUGAACCUGCAGCCCAGGAUAAUAAGGCAUCACAGGAUUUCAAUAAACAGGAAGUGAAGGCCACACUGGAUGUAUACCUGAAUUCCCACACAAGCGAAGAUAAUCAGAGUUUCCAAGAAAUAAUGCGGGCUGCAGAACUCAAGCACCGACAUAAGUUUGGGUGGUUGUAUAAAGCAGAGGAAGAGUCCAGGGAAGAACAGAGCGAGAUGAUGCGGCUGCCAUCUAUUGAAGAACAAGCAAGUAAUGGGCAGAGGCCACUUAUGGUAGACACAUGGGGCUAUCGCAACAAGAACUACAUCAUGUAUGUCCCAGAUGGUGUUGCCUUGACUCCUGAAGAGGAAGUAGAGUUGGCGAGUCGGAGACGAUCUAUUGUCCAUUCCAACACCCGCCUUACAAGUAACCCAUUUGAUGAGCAGCAGAACAAGGAGACAAUACACCAAUUGGCACAGUCUCAGGCCCAGUCACUAGAAGGGAAGAUUGGUGUAGAUGGCAAAGAAUUGUUACAUACUGAAACUCCAAAAGUUAAUGGGUUUUCUUUUGUGAAGACUCCAUCACCUGCACCAGGAGUUAAUGAAUCCCCACUUAUGACAUGGGGUGAAAUUGAGGGAACACCCUUUCGUCUUGAUGGAGGUGACACGCCAAUUCGGACUACACUCCAGGGACCUUCAUUCCGGAUACCAGAGCCUCCUAAGAGAGAAAAGCUGGCUUUGGCUUUAGCAGAGAAGGCAGGAGAACGACACAGGGACAGAAAGAUGAAAGCUAUAGAAGCAGCGCGGAAGCAACUGGCAACGCCUUCUCCUCAUUCAGGUAGUGCAACAUCAUUGGAUCGUCUGAACUCCAUGUCCCCCGCUGCUCGACGCUUAGCUUCCACUCAACUGCGACGUCGCAUAGGCAGCGACCUGGCAUUGCAAGCAUCAUAUAGUCCUAGUCCUCACAGUAUCUGUAGUGGGCAGGCUUCACCUCAUCUUACACCCAGUCUUGCCAAAACUCCAACUCCAGGCAAGACUGGCAGUAGGAAGAGGAAUCGACUAGCCACACCAAAUCUUAAUAUCACAGAUAAUCUUCUGAAUUUUCCUAAAAGACCCAGAGCUUGUGAUUUCUUUUGAACCUUCAUUGAUAUUGAGAUUUGAAGUUUGCAGAGUGGUGGUUGUCUUCUGGGAAAUAACAUCACGUAAAAUAGUAGAUGAAUGCCAACAUUUUAGAGAACCUGCUACCUGUGAAGAUAGGCCGCGGAAUUCCUGCGAGAAACCACAAAACGGGUCAUUUCAAAACAUUGCAAGGCUUUCCAUCCAGUGAAAAUAUUUAAUUCACAGGACUGAGCCAUCUCAACAUGGACUGUGUAGAAAACACUGUUCCUCUGUUGCAGUGCCAUUGUUGCUUAGUGAUGGCAUGAGGUAUUCCGCUGUUGCAUGAGCAGCCAUCAUCAUGAACUCUUUAAGGGCUACUGCCUAGUAAUGACCUUCUCUUGUGACUGCACAAUUCUUGCUUUGAGCGAAUAUGUCACAAUGUACAGACAUACCUCAUUUUACACCAUGGUUGUGUUCCCAGAAAAUGUGUGACACGUUAAAUAGACACUGCUCAUAAUUCUUGGUCAACAACUAUAAGAAGAGCAUGGUCUUUUAGGUUGUAGCACCAUGUAACUGGGAGAAAACCUGGUGCUUUGGAUGCACAAUGCUGCAAGCUGGAAGGUUGUGGGUUCAAAUCUCGAGGUG